AUGGCAUCAUUUAGCGAAGAUUCACAUAAUCCGUUUUCUAGUUGUCAAACAACAUAUGGUUCCGGUGAUUCUUAUCUAAUAUUAGACAUAUUACCAAAAGAUGUCGCUGAUGAUCAUUUUUACAACUUAAAACAUGAAAUUCAGUGGAAUGAAAUGUAUCAGAAAGGUGGAAAAGUGCCGCGAGAAAUAUCGAUUCAAGGUACAAUAGAUAAUAAUUAUGAGCCAUUAUAUCGACAUCCGGCUGAUGAACAACCGAGCAUGGUCGAAUGGACACCAAUAUCAAAAUUAAUUAAAGAUGAAAUUGAAAAAAGAAUUAAACAACCGUUAAAUCAUGCACUAAUACAGUACUAUAAAGAUGGAUUUGAUUUUAUUGGAGAACAUUCGGAUAAAACAUUAGAUGUAUUAAGAUUUUCAAAUAUUGUCAAUUAUAGUUUAGGCUCAGCACGCACGAUGAUACUAAAAAGUAAAACUCACGAUGGACGAAAAGGAAAAUUUAAGCUACCACAUAAUUCAUUAUUUGUUCUCGGUUGGAAAACAAAUCGUGAAUGGUUUCAUUCUAUUCGACAAGAUAAACGUGCAAAUAAUAUCAAAGACGAUGAUGAACGAGCAUUUGAUGGUCAACGUAUUAGUCUCACAUUAAGAACUGUGGCAACAUUUCGUCAUAAUGUAACAGGAAAAUUAUAUGGUCAAGGUGCAAAAUGUAAAACAUUAGCAGAACUUGAACAACAAGAAACUGUUGUUGAAAAUGAUGAUGAAAAAUUACUCUAUGCAUUUUCGGCAGAAAAUAAAGAUCCUAAUUUUGAUUGGGAUAAAUGGUAUGGCAAUGGUUUUGAUACAAUAAAUUUUAAAGUACUAAAUAGUAUUAGUAAAACAUGA